AUGGUGAUGAUGCAGUCACCCAUGUCUGAUUGCGGGCAGCCGGAGAGCCCGGCCACCCUGUCGCAGCCGAACUCGCCGCCCCACAAGAUGGUGGCACCCCCCAGCCCCAAAUCUUCGCCGUCCGAUGGCGAAGCGAUCCUGUUGCGCUUCAGCGAGUUCGCGACCGGACCGGACUCGGACGGCGGCCGGCGGCUGAGUGGCGCACCGACGGCCGAGGAGGAAGUCCAGCAGCAGCAGCAGCAGCAGCCGUCCGGCUGCCAGCAGAAUGGCCGCCGCAGCCGGAGCCCCAACAGUCCAAUCAGUAACGCUCCGAGCGAACUAUCGGACAGCAACGAUCAAACGCAGGACGGCGGCGGCGGUGGCGGCCAUCUUGGGGCGACGGCGACCACGGAGCGGCCGAUGAAGUUCUCGAUCGAGCGGCUGAAACAGUUGGCCGAUCACCACCACCACCACCACCAUCACCUCCAGUCAGGUGCAGGUGGCAAGCAGCAGCCGCCGCCGCAGCUCGGACAGUUCGUUCUGGCCGCCGCGGCCACUCAACCGCCGGCCCAGGCCGUGGUUUCUGUGAUACCGGCGGCUGCCGUCGCCGCUGGUCCCCUGCAUCCUGCACCGCUCCAUCCGGCCGCCCACCAACCGCACACGCCGCUGGCGGCCGGUGUGGCGCCCCUGCAGCCGUCGUCGUGCUUCCCGCACGCCGCCGCCGCCGUCCACGGCGUGCAUCCCCAUCAACACAGCCACCUCCAUCAACACCGUCACCACCAGGCGGCCGUCGCGGCAGCAGCCGCCGCAGCCGCCGCCGCCGCAGCCGCCUGCUCGCAACCUCAUCACCAGCCGCCGGCGGCGCCACCAACGGCCGCCGCCGCCACAGCGGAUCACCCGUUCGCCAUCAAGUACCCGGCAGGCGGCGCUUCGCCGACCGAGAUCGAGAUCGAGCGGUUCAAGAUCGCCCGGUCGCUGGCGGUGGCCGCCGCGGCCAAUGCCGCCGCCAACAACGGCAAGGACCUGCCGGACAUCGGCUUCAGGAUACACCUGAACGAGCCGCUGGUUGGGGUCGGGGGCCACCAGCCACCACCGAUCGGGUACGCCCGGAGCGACACCAGCGAGGAGCUGAUCGUCGACGGCAACGAGGAGAACUCGCAGGACGGCAUGUCGGGUUGUCCGGUCGAUCUGACGCGCUCGAUCGAUAGUGGCGGCGGCGGCGGUGGCGGCGUCGACGGCAAGUCGACGGAUUCGGCCGCGUCCAAGCGGCUCGCCUUCUCCGUCGAGAACAUCCUCGAUCCGAACAAGUUCAACGGUGCGGCGAAGCAACAGCAUGGCCCGCUGUCAGGUGGCAGCACUGUGUCCCCCGGUCCUCCCGGGUGCACCCAGCGAGACCUCAGCUCUCCGGGCGCCGCCGCCGCCGCCAACGGUACGUCACAUUACAACCACAACAAUAACAACAGCUGCACGACGAACCACAACAACAACAGCAACAACAACAACAACAGUAGCAGCAAUGGCGGCAAGUUCUGGGGACCAGUCACGGCCACCGGUCUGCUCGACAGGGAAGACAAGCUGAUGGCGGCGGACGACGACCAGAGCGAUUCGCGUUCCGCAAAGGACGUGAACGACCUGGACCAGGACGAUAUGGGCGACGAAACGAUGGGCAGCGACCUGGAGGACCACGCCAGCGAGACCGACUCCAAGAAGGAUGGCACCAACAACCGCGCCAGUGCCGACGGCAAGUCCCAGGGAAGCAGCUCCAAACCCCGACGCGCUCGGACGGCAUUCACCUACGAGCAGCUGGUGUCGCUCGAGAACAAGUUCAAAACCACCCGCUACUUGUCGGUGUGCGAGCGGCUCAAUCUCGCGCUCAGCCUCAGUCUCACCGAAACGCAGGUGAAGAUCUGGUUCCAGAACCGGCGGACGAAGUGGAAAAAGCAGAACCCGGGCAUGGACGUCAACAGCCCGACGGUGCCGCCACCGAACGGGGGCGGCACGUUCGGGCCGGCCUCCUACGCCAGCAGCCUGCUGUACCCGCACGCCAUGCCGUACCCGCCGUACGGACCGUACUUCCAUCCGCUCGGCGGCCACCACCUGGGCCACUCGCACUCGUAA